AUGCAAGAUCUACGUGGAGCAAGCGUACAAACGCCAACACCAAGGCCAUCAAGACAAGUACAGCAGCGCGAACGAGAUUUAGAGAGGCAGCUCAGAGAGAUGCGGCAACGCGAAGAAAAUUUGCAAAGACAGUUGAGGGAGUUACAGCAAAACUCGCAAAGACAGCAGCAACGCGAAGGAAACCUUCAAAUGCAGCUGAGAGAGACACAGCAACGUGAAGAAAACUCACAAAGGCAGCUGAGGGAGACACAGCAACGUGAAGAAAACUCACAAAGGCAGCUGAGGGAGACACAGCAACGUGAAGAAAACUCACAAAGGCAGCUGAGGGAGACACAGCAACGUGAAGUAAACUCACAAAGGCAGCUGAGGGAGAUGCAGCAACGGGAAGAAAACUCACAAAGGCAGCUGAGGGAGAUGCAGCAACGUGAAGAAAACUCACAAAGGCAGCUGAGGGAGACACAGCAACGUGAACAAACCUCACAAAGGCAGCUCAGAGAGAUACAGCAACGUGAAGAAAAUUUGCAAAGGCAGCUGAGAGAAAAAGACCAGGAAGUAAAUGAACUAGAGUUAAGUCUUUCAUUAGCUCAGCAAACAAUAAGUGAACAUCGACGACAGGAAACAUGCGACUGGGUUAUUUCCCGUAAUGAAAUUCAGAUGACAGAGAAUUGCCUAGGGAGGGGAGGUUGGGGAAGUGUCAAUGAAGGUACCUACUGUGGCUGUACUGUAGCGGUGAAGCAAAUCCAUGACCUGAUUCUAUCCCGCCAUAACAGGCUUUUAUUUGAAAGAGAAAUGAAUAUUGCUUCAGCUUGCCGCCAUCCCUGUUUGCUACAGUUUAUUGGCGCCACAAAUGAUGAAGGAAGUCCACUAUUUGUGACAGAGCUAAUGGAGAAAAGUUUGCGAGCUUUGUUUGAAGAGCGGCUGCUUUCCGAAACAGAAAUACGUGUCAUUUCUCUGGAUGUGGCUCGUGCUCUUAACUAUCUUCAUCAGAAGAAACCAUCACCAAUCAUUCACCGGGAUGUCAGCAGUGCCAAUGUGUUGCUAUGGCGACAGGGUGACCAAUGGAGAGGCAAAGUGUCAGAUUAUGGCACUGCUAAUUUCAUGCAGCAGACCAUGACAGUGGCUCCUGGAGCUAUGAUUUACAGUGCACCUGAAGCACUUUCCUCAAAUCAGACUCCUAAGGUUGGUAAUCAUUUGUUUCAGAUCUGAGUACUGCACAACCAUUCAACAGGGAUACAAUUUGGUGGACUUGGUUUAUUAUUGAUUGUUCCAAAUCAGUCUGGUACUUUUACUUUUACCGGUUCCUUUACACAAAAUUUUGUUUCCGCAUAAAGAAAGGGAAAAAAAGCUGUAUUCGCGUGAGGGAGAUGUCCUAGAUUAAGAAAAGAAGAUGUUGGUUUGCCUGUAUCAUUAAACCAGGCGUACUCAUAAAAUCACCACAGUUGUUAGGAUUGGAUCGACAUAGUGUUAUUUUCCGAGAGCUUGCUUUUCAUUUAAAACAGAGUAAAACUAAUUACCAUUGAGACAACACCAGUACAUAUCUAUUGUUCUUUUUUAGGUCGACGUUUACAGCUUGGGUGUUUUGUUAUGUGAAAUGUCUAUCGGGGAACUUCCAGAUCCUGAAAGGCGUGACGAGCAAGUUGUUCUUAUGUCGAACCGCGCUGUAAGAGGCCUGGUACGGCGAUGCCUGCAGACAGAUCCUGAAGCGAGACCAACCAUGCAGGAGAUCAUCGAUGAAUUAUCCAGAGCUGUGUAA